AGAAGAGUCAGUGCUGAGUCUCCAGUGUUCCUUUCACAUCUGCACCAAAGCGAGCUUGAGACCCUGCAAAGCAAGGCAUGCGCUCCUCAUUCGCAGCUCUUUUAAAUUGAGCUCUUAUGGGCAUUUGCAGCAGCCUGGUUGAGUCAGAGCUGAGAGGAGCAGCAGCAGCGGGAGACUACACUUAAUCACUCCAUUGGAUAUAUAAUAACCUCCAGGACGCAGAGAACUGAAGAAAACCCCUCAGCUGGUUGCAGGGCAACACUGAGCAAAAAGCUUUACCACAGGCUGCUAUAUAUGAUUCGAUAUGGAAUUUUGACAAAGUGCCAAUUAUCCUUUAAUCCAGGAAGUGCUGAGUACCCACCCGUCAAGUGUUUCAAGAUGGGCACCAAAAACUGAGGGACCCAGAAUUACAAGUAACGUUCGAAAAAGGUGGACCAAAAACCUGGAUGUGAAUUGCUAGCACGAGGCACAUCAGGCUGAGAUUACAAGGCAUCAGAGACGUUGUAAGGCUAAAUUUAUUAAUGUUUGCAAAGCACUCUGAGACCCUCACACAGAAGACACUCUUGAGACGUGCAAACUACUACUAUAUCUCUGAAAACCACAUUAUUGAUGAGAGGAGUUACUAUGAAGAACAGCAACAGAGGUUCAGUGGCCUAGGCAUGGAAGCUAUUAGGAUGCUCUGGAAACUUGCCUUAUCUGUUUUUCUGGUGGCGACCUUGGUUAAAGUAACAGAUACCAGGAAAAACCGUCCUGCAGGAGCAAUUCCAUCUCCCUACAAAGACAGCACAAGCAACAACUCAGAGAGGAGGCAGCAUCUGAACAAAGAAGUACUGGCCUCCAGCCAGGAGGCCCUGGUGGUCACUGAGAGGAAGUACCUUAAAAGUGACUGGUGCAAAACCCAACCCCUGCGGCAGACUGUCAGCGAGGAGGGCUGCAUAACCCGCACCAUCAUCAACCGUUUCUGCUAUGGCCAGUGCAACUCCUUCUACAUCCCCCGGCAUGUGAAAAAGGAUGAGGAAUCCUUCCAGUCCUGUGCUUUCUGCAAGCCUCAGAAAGUCACCUCCUUCACUGUGGAGCUGGAGUGCCCUGAGCUGGAUCCACCUUUCCGACUCAAGAAAAUCCAGAAAGUCAAGCAGUGCAGGUGUAUGUCUGUGAACCUCAGCAACUCAGACAAACAGUGAAAGCAAGUAUCUGGCUACUGCUUGGCAUCACCCCAUCGGAUUUGCUGCUGUCUCUCCUCUUCCCUGAGCAGACUCAUUGUCUGGUUUUCUUUCUUCAGGAUGCAUCUUUCUAGCACGGAAGGCUCACUUGUCAUUUGCCUACUGGAACUAAAAUUUGUCCUGGGCUAUGUUAGGCACCUUGCCAUAAAACCUCAACAUAUUUCCAAUAUAAUCCUCUUAAAAUUUAAUUUUAAGGGUGGAGCAGGCCCCUCCGAAUUUGGGAUUGAUCAUCUAGGUGACCGAUGGCUGAAUCCAGCAUUAACGUUUCCACUAUGUGGGAAAAACCCUCUGCCCUACACUCCAGUCCUUUCUGUGGGAAGAAAAUGUGUCUUGCUACCUUUGCCAUCUCACUCAGUGUUCAGUCUGGAGCUUUUCACCUUCAUAUUUAAGCGCUUGGUGCUGCCAGCUGUGGCUGUGAGGUGCAGCUAUGGGAUACAGUAGAGUACUAAAAGAAAAAUGAGAGGCUGUGAUCAUGAUGAGGGAACUCUAACUGUAGGAUGACAGAAUGGCUCUGCGCUCCUUGUCUGAGAUGGAGAUGAGCAUGGGGAGAGGGAAUGUUAGGUCAGCCACAACUCUCUCAGCAGCUACCGCUUUUCCACCAGCAGACUGAAGAUGGAUUCUUGUGCUGCUGCAAUUUGACUAUAUCAAACACACAGUCUCUACAGCAAUGUUUAUUUUGUAACCUAGCUAUAGUAAAGUUGUUUAAAAUAUUAUUAGACCUAGCCAUAUAUUUUUUUCUUCUGGCAGAAUAUUCCAAAGAUUAGAUUAAAGUGUCUUGAGUAAAUAGACUUGAUUGCUAGGUCAGUCACCUGACUUGAAACUGACAGGUUUUGAAUGGGCUUUCAGUAGAUUCUGCCUUUAGUAUGUUCCCAAACCCAUCCAGUUAUUGCUGUGUAUUUAUACCUGUGUGGGGUAGGGUGGGGCGGAGGGUAUUAACACUUGUGGGAGCAGUAUUCCACUUAAGUUAUUAAAGCAUUGUAGCACAAAGGACAGAUUGCAGUCAUUGUUGCUUUGAAUACAAAUGCUGCCUUACGUAUCAGUUUCUUCAGGUGUCGGGAGCAUCUUCCACACAGUGAAUGGGAAUCAAGUGGCCUUUGUCAUGUUGAAAGAAGAGCAGGCUAGCAAAUGCUUGUAGAAUGUGGUCACAGCUACAGAAAUGAGGAAGAGUUCUGUCCCCUCCUCUACAAAUUGGGAGGGAAUAAGCUGUUGUAACUACUGCAGCACUGUUGCCCCAUUACACUUUUGAUAUAGGGUUAUAAAGUUUAGCAUGUUUGUAUAUUCAGUAUGUUCCAGUUCAGAUUUCUAAGACCAGUGGCUGUAAUGUCUUCUCUUUAAACACAGUAAGUUAAUCAAAGAGCACACCAACUAAUACAAGAGACUAAUGUGUGACCUUGUUGCAUGUCUUAUAGCUUAGCAUCUGCAAUACUUCUGGGCUAAUGAAACCAGCCUGUGGAGCACUUCUCUGGCAACGUCUUCAGGAAUGACCAAUCCCAAGGGUUAAAAGUGUUACAGACUGUUGCCAGCUAUGAGUUCAAUGGCACAGUUCACUAUUAUGCGAGGCAGGCUGCUUUAAGAGGCUUUUGGUACUGAUCUCUGCUAGAGCUCACCAAUCGGUUUACGGGGAUUGGCACGGGGAGGAUGGGAUCGGGUAGGUAUGUUACCCUGUUACAGCUACAUUGCGUGUAUUUUCUGCCUUGUUGUUACACAAUGUCAGAGCUGCCCAGGGAGACGCCUAGUCCAGGGCUCGCUUUAGAGGCUGUUAUUGCUCUGCUGUCAGCCAUAUGAAUGGGCACUCCUGAAUCCAGGUUAUUGGGAGUUUUUUGAUAGUACAGAGGGAGUUUGAAAUGCCUGCAACCCAUUAGGGUUCUAGGAUUAUGAAUGUGUCCUUGAAGGAAGAGAUUGUAAAGUCAGGCCCUUGUGGUUAAGACUAGCUAGAAAUGCCCUGGGCCCUUCUUAAUUAUAUUAACUCUACAAUUAUUUAAGGAAAAAUAUGCAAGAAUGCUUAUCAUUAAGCUACUCCCAAGCAGGGUUUCUCACCAAUUUGCAAUAUGAAUAUGCUGCAGCAUGAAGCUCCUCCUUGGGGCUGUUUGUAUGUAAAAACUGAGUAGAGCUUGUAAUGGUUCAAACUGUAUUUAAUUCUUGUUUUAUAAAUGAAAACAAAAUGAAGAAAUACUAUAAUUAUUUUAUAGGUGUAUUAUUAAAUUAUAGAACAAAUAAAGAUACUCUAGGGUUAUAUGGAAUCCAGGUGUGUGGGCUUUGCUUCUAACUUCAAUAUUU